AUGAGGCGCGAUAAUCAACGUCCACCACUUCCACCUCAAGGCCAACCCUCUUCCUCCUACAAUAGGUUCACUCCGCUAAACGCUCGCCUCACUGAAAUCCUUCACGUGAUAGAACAGAAAGGUUUAACAGAGCCUCUACGUCCUAUGCAGCCAAAUGCAAAGCGAGAAAAGUCGGAUCGUUAUUGUGGAUUCCAUAAGCAUAGAGGGCAUACUACGGAGGAAUGUGCACAACUCAAAGUGGCGAUUGAGAGGCUGAUCAAACAGGGCCAUUUAGGCGAAUACAUUGAUAAGCCUCGAAAUAAGCGCCGUGAUGAUCCUCCACGCCGAGAUAAUAAUCGAGAUCAACAGCAAAGGCGAGAGGAUAAGGGUCAUCGACGCGACCUAGAUAACAACGAUAACCAACCUACCCGGGGAAUCAUCUUCUUUAUCUCCGGAGGACCAGCGGGUGGCGAUUCACAAAAUGCAAAACGCACCCUCGCUCGAUCAGCACGUAUGAAUCAAGAACGUGCUUCUCCAUCCGCACGCAUCUAUCAAAUACGAAGACCUGAUCAUAGCAUAGUCUUCAACUCCUCCGACCUUGAAGAUCCAGACGAAGAUCAUGUCGAUGCGUUGGUAGUAACAACAACAGUGGCCAACUUCUUGGUUAAGAAGAUAUUAGUGGACGGUGGGAGCUCAGCUGACAUCAUGUACCUCCACGCUUUAAAGCAGCUGGGCAUAGAUAAUGCCCUGUUUAGUCGCAUCUCCACACGCUUGAAAGGAUUCAAAGGAGAAUCAGAGAAAAAGAAAAGAGAAGAUUAUACUGGUCUCUCGAGAUGUGAUGUGAACCCACUUGGGGUUGAAAGGAUUGCUACAUCGGAGGCUAAUAGAGAUAAGAUUGUCGAUUUGUCGCCGGAAUCGGAUUUUGAUGGGUGGUGGUUCUGCUUUGGUUGGUGCGAGUUGUGA